AUGCCAUUCAUCGACGCUGCCCACUUGAUAUGGAACCUAAUCGGAGAUGAAAGGAGCAGAGAAACAAUCUUCAACUACUUCCUCAACAACAUCAGAGUCCUUGACGUCGUGGAUUUCAUUAUCUGCAACUCCUUCAAAGAGCUUGAAGAGCCGACCUUCUCCUACGCCCCAAAGAUUCUCCCCAUUGGGCCACUCCUUGGAAGCUCCAGAUUUGGCCGAGCCGUGGGUUACUUCUGGCCGGAGGAUGCAGGCUGCCUGUCGUGGCUUGACGAGCACUCGUCGGGUUCUGUCGUCUACGCGGUUUUCGGUAGCCUCGUCGUCUUGGGCCGCAGUCAGCUCCAGGAACUCGCCCUCGGGCUGGAGGUGACUGACCGACCGUUCCUGUGUGUGGUCCGGCCCAAUCUCCCCGUCGACUCGGCCGACGCUUGUCCGGAUGACUUCAAGGACCACGUGGGAAACAGAGGGAUGAUGGUGGCUUGGGCGCCGCCGCAGAAGGUGCUGGCCCACCCUUCCGUCGGUUGCUUUGUGUCUCACUGUGGCUGGAACUCCACCAUGGAAGGCGUCAGGAACGGGAAGCUCUUCCUUUGCUGGCCAUACUUCGCAGACCAAUUUCUGAACCAGAGCUACAUUUGCGACCAUUGGAAGGUGGGUCUGAGCUUGACGCCUGACGAAAGUGGGAUAUUCAAGCGUGAGCAGCUCAAAUCCAAGGUGGAAGCGCUGCUGGGGGAUGCGGAGAUGAGUGCAAGAGCGUCGUCGUUGAAGGAGAAAGCUCAAAGGAAUACUGACCAAGGAGGGGCUUCAUUCCACAAUCUCAAGAGAUUCAUCGACACUAUCAAGGCGGCGAAUCCUUAA